AUGCGUGCCAUACCGGAGUAGUAACGUCGUCCGCUUUUGGAGUCGUCAUGUCGAUAUGACUAUAGAUCGUGUUUUGACAUUAUGUAUCGCAGGGGUUCUUUUUAUUGCGUGGCUUGUGUGUUGGUUCAGUCAUGUUAUGUCUCUCAUAUACGGUAAAUGGCUCCUUCAUCGGGCCCCCCAGGACCUGUCCCCCGAGGACAUGCAGGGCGUGUCCAUCAUCAAACCCCUCACCGGGGUGGACCCCAACCUUAAGACCAACCUCACCACUUUCUUCAAUAGCAGCUAUCCUGCCUUUGAGAUCCUCUUCUCUGUACAAGAUGAGCAGGACCCAGCAAUACUGCUGGUCAAAAGCUUAAUGGAAGCCUACCCAAAAGUGGAUGCUAAGCUAUUUAUUGGAAUCAAGUCAGUUGGCGCCAAUGGCAAGGUGAACAACAUGGUGAAGGCUUAUGAAGCAGCAAAGUAUGACAUCGUGUUGGUAUCGGACAGCGGAAUACGCAUGCAAGAGUCGACCCUGACGGGCAUGAUGGCAUGCAUGACAAGCAAGGUCGGGAUGGUGCUCCAAAUGCCCUACGUUGCUGACAGGGAAGGCUUUGCUGCUGUCUACGAGAAGGUGUAUUUUGGCACUAUGCAAGCCCGGAACUGUUUGGCAGCGAAUGCUCUCGGCAUCAACUGCUCUACAGGAAUGUCCUGUCUGAUGAGGAAAGAUAUACUUGAUGCAGCGGGGGGCAUGGCAUCCUUUGGCAAAUAUCUCGCAGAAGAUUUCUUUUUUGCUGAAGCUUUCAGGCAAAGGGGGUACAAAGUUGUUCUGUGUCCGGAGCCAGCUUUACAAAACUUGGGUACAUACUCAAUUGGAGAGUUUCAUCGCCGGCUUAUCAGGUGGUGUCACUUGCGGAUAUCCAUGUUGCCAACGCUGAUACUCCUGGAACCGAUAUCAGAGUGUAUGAUCAUAGGAGUGUGUGCGUCUUUUGCCAUCCAGCAUCUGUUUGACAUCAGCGCCUCCGUGGUCUUCCUCCUCCAUAUUCUGUGCUGGUUCCUGCUGGAUUAUACUCUCAUUACAACAGUCGAGAAUGGACCUCUAAAAUUUUCCAAAUUUGAGUUUCUGGUGGCAUGGUUGAUGCGAGAGAUGUUGGUGGUUUACGUGUUCAUCCAGUGCCACCGAACCCGGACCAUAACGUGGCGCAACAAGGUGUACCGACUGCGAUGGGGAGGUCUUGCGGAGGAGAUCAAGUCGGAGGUGGUUUGAGGUGCCGAUCAGAGGCGCACCUCCAGGUGGCAGGGUGUAGUGGUGUACUCAACUGGCUAGUCACUGGUUACCUCAGUCUGACCCUGAAUUUCUCAGUGGUCGAGGUUAUGUCAAUGUCACAUUGUCCAAUCAGUAUCAGGUCUGUUUUCAGUUAUUGGCCCAACAUUCUGUCCCUCUGUGUUCCUUAGUGGCCCAAUUUUGUGUUACCACAACACAUACCGUAUCUGACGUAAUAAGCGCCCACGGCAAUAUUUGCUAAUAUAUUGGCUAGUGAACAAUCCCAAUUAGCAUCCUUCCCAUUGAUCAAUGUACAUAAGACUUAUUUAUUUGUGUAUAAUAUGCACUCGUGU